AUGUCUGUCCACACUCUUAAGGUCCCGAGUCGUUGUCCAAAUCAGAGUCGAAGCACAAGCAGACCAGAUGAAGCGAGCACCGGCGCAACCGGCUACAUCGGCGGCGACGCCCUCUACGCCCUUGUCCAGAAACACCCCGAGUACCAGUAUACGGUGCUAGUCCGCAGCGCCGAGAAGGCCCAGGCCGUGCAGGAGCAAUACCCCUCGGCGCGGGUCGUCAUCGGCGACCUCGAUAAUUCCGAGCUGCUGGAGAAGGAGAGCGCUGACGCCGAUAUUGUUCUCCACACAGCAGACGCCUCCGACCACGCCGGCGCAGCGAACGCCAUCGCCACCGGCCUGGCCAAGGGUCACUCCCCACAGAAUCCGGGGUACUGGCUGCACACGGGUGGCACGGGAAUCCUGACGUACGCCGACACGGACCGGGACGUGUUCGGCGAGGCAAGCGAGAAGGUGUAUGACGACUGGGACGGGGUGGACGAGCUGCUGCACCUGCCGGCGCAUGCGUUCCACCGCAACGUGGACGAGAUCGUGCUGGAGACGGGGGCUAAGCGGGGGGACGUCGUGAAGACGGCGUUGGUGUGUCCACCGACCAUCUACGGAAGAGGAAGAGGCCCCUCCUCCCGCCGCGGCCGGCAAGUCUACGAGCUCGCGCGCGUAACGCUCGAGCUCCAGAAAGCCCCCAUCAUCGGCGCGGGCAAAUCCAUCUGGAACAACGUGCACGUGCACGAUCUGAGCGAUCUGUACGUCUUGCUGGUCGAGGCGGCCGUGGCCGAACGGGAGGGUCGUCAAAACGACGACAACGAAGAGAACGAACGCUGGGGCGCGCGCGCCUACUACCUCGCCGAGAACGGCGAGCAUGUCUGGGGCGAGCUGUCGCGGGCGGUGGCCAAGUAUGCGGCCGAGCUGGGAUUCAUCGGGCAGUCGAGGGCCGAGCAGAUUAGCUUGGAGGAUGGGAAGAAGUUCGCCGGGUUUGAGUCGCUGAGCUGGGGGUUGAACUCGCGCGGGAGGGCGAAGAGGGCGGCUAAGGUGCUGGGGUGGACGCCUGCGCGGCCGAGUCUGGAGGCGACGCUGCCGGAGAUCUUGGAGGAUGAGCAGAGAAGGUUGCUGAAGUGAAGAUCUUCGCUUUGGAGUGUCGGUAAUGCUGGGAGCGCUGUGGAUUUGGCUGAAAGGGUGUGCAAGCGAUGAGUUUCAGGUGCCAUGUAUAGUGCUGAAAGAACAUACAUAGGAAAUCAUACAGGUCGACGACGCUUGACAUUACUCUGACAGGCAAUCUUACACAUCUACAGAUUACCAGGCACACUCGAUGAUCAAUGUUAUAUGCUAGUAUUAUACGUAGCCGAAGCUUCAUGUAUGCAAUAACAGCACCGCUCAGAAAG